AUGAACACUUCAAGAACUAGAGUUCUUCGUGAUACCGCGUAUCGCUACUUGUAUGGCCACGAUCCCCAUCCCGAUGAUGCUGUUAACCAAGAAUACAUUGACCGGUCCUUAAAUGGGCAACAUGUGGUGGAUGGCGAAGCUGUUGAUGCCAUUCCUGAAAUGGUUGAAGUCUACCAAAGCGGAGAAGGUGAUGACGAAAGUCGUUCUCAAGACGUUGAAAAUACAAGGCUUUCUUCACAAGGAGAGGAUAAAGAGCCGGAGGAUGACGAUUAUGGUGAUGAUGGCAACCUUGACUUUGGAGAUAAUGGUGGCAGCAUUGGAUUUGGAGACGAUGAAGGUGGAUCUCACGCAUCAAAAGGUGGAUCUCACGCAUCAAAUGAUACCUAUUCAAAUGCCAUUGAUGCGAAUACUGUUACAGAAGGUCUGCAAGAGGAGGAAGGUGAGGGUGUUAUUGAUGAGACUGUAACGAAAAGUGAAUCUGGUGACAACACAACAGCCCCAUUUCUUGAAUUGCGUGCUCCUGGCGGCCGUGGAUUGAUGACCGUACCUUUUGAGGAUGCCGACGGCUUUCGUGACCUCUAUGACACAAGCUUUAGAUCCAACGUUCGUCUUGCCUACCGAAUUGGCGACAAUGGUGAACGUGUACCAGUGGAGUUGGAUGACAUUUUGAAUAGUGACGAUGAUCAUGGCAUUGCACCUCCUUCACCUUUAUCAUUCUCAAGCACUGAACCAUUGGCCCGAAAUGAAGAGUUUGAGGGUCAUGCAAAUUCGGACCACUAUACGAGCAAUGAUGAUCAUCAAGAUGGGUAA